CUUAAAUCCCCUCCCCCACCCUCCUUAUCUCCCCCACGAAACCCUCUCCCUCGAUCCCGCUUUCCGCCCUUCGAUCUCUCUCCCCCCCUAUGAAUCGGAGGAUCCGGAGCCCGAACCCCUCGCCCUCGUCCUCCCGGAUCGAGGAGCGGCUCCACCGCUUCUUGAAGCCUGGCGCCCUCGCCCGCCUCAGGGACUCCAGGAUUAGCAACGCCAGAUCCCCCCGAUCUGCCGCCCUCCCCCGCCUCUCGCCCCCCUCCUCCCCCUCCCUCGGGCCGUCGCCGCCCGCCGCCGCUCAGAUCGAAGGGCUCCUCCCUUGCUUUGCGGCUAGGACCCGCGGCCCGCGGUUCGUCCAGCGGAAGAAGCUCGCCGCCGCCAAGUCCUUCAUCUACGCCCCCUCGAGCCCGGAGCUCCCCGAUCCCUUCUUGGACGCCUUCGGCGUGGAUCUGGUCGCCGCGCACUGAGCUGGGGAGGAACCUGUUGGGGUUCUGAUUGUGCGUAGAUCUGUGUAAUCUUUCCCCUCUAAUUGUUUGGUUCUGACAGAUCGGGACCUAAUAACACCGAGAGUCUAACUUCUCCCUGUGAGUUGGGGUUAGGUUUUUCUUCUUUCUUAGAAGCAUUCGAAACCGGAUUCUGUGCAGAUCUGACGUUGGAAAUGCGAAACAUGUUUCCUUAGAAAAAUACACAACCUUUGUUCUCUCCAUAAUCCAUAGGCGGAUCUCUCUGUAUGAUAGUUUCGGUUCUCAUCAUGUUUGCUGGAAACUGUGAAUCAUCACUAUUCUUUUUCCGGAACAUUGAUCUGCAAUGUUGGGACAAUUUGAGCAAGUAGCAGCGGUGCCUAAAUGCUUAUUAAUUGCUUAUGUGCUUCACAGGAA